CCUCUGGGACUUUGAUACAUCUAUCCGCCGUCCCAUCCUCCCGGUCGGCAUCAGCUCCCAUCUCUGGUCGCCGCCAAUUCCCAUCCACCCUAUCUUCGCCUCCGCCUUCGCCAUCACCUUCGCAGUCGCCUUGGCAUUCGCCUUCUCGCAUUCCGUCGCAUCGCAUCCGUCCCUUGGAUCCCACACCUCUCAUUUCCUCUCAUCCCAACCUGACGCCCGACAACCCAGCCCGCCAUGGACUCCAUGCUGCCGCAACACUCGCAUCGUUUGCGAAAGCCCUCCGUUGCCCGAGAUAGCGCUACAUACCCAUCCCAUCCCAGCACCUUUGUGCCGCUCCCGCCGCCUCCCAUCUCGCCCGUCGGGCAGAGCCGAACGUCGCCCGGGUUCCAUCCCUCCGUCCCCAGCUCUGUGAUGUCUCGGCCGCCGGCCCUUCAAUUCUCGCAGACCCAGCUCUUUUCGCCCGUCAGCCCCACAAGCCCUGCCAGUCCCGCCAGCCCCGCCAGCCUCGACAUGUCUACGAUAACCCGGUCGCCUCCCAACGAGCCGCUUCCGCCCACCCCGGCCAGCUGGCAACCCACCGCCCCUGUCAAGUCCAAGCGACCCACCCGCUCCUCCAGCAUCAUCUUUGGCAACCCAGAUCCCUCGUCUGGACCAGGUCCGCGUCCAAACACCCGGUCCAGAUCACCCCGCAGGCUCUCGAGCCAUGCUGCCUCGGAUCCCCGUCUGUCGCCAGUCGCGCCGGCGAUUUCCCUGACGACAGCGCUGCCUCCUGGUCUGCGCGAUGAUGCCACCGCUCCUGUCUCGAUUCCAGGGCCCACUCGCCGGUCCAAGAGCCCGUCCAAAAGUCCGUCCAAGAGUCCGUCCAAGAGCCCCUUGCGUGGUUUCCUCACCGACCAGUACUUCAGCACAACCGACAAGGAAGCCUAUCUCAACUAUCCCCUGCAGCCCGUCUCCAUCACCCCAAGACUCUCGUCGCGCUGGCUCGGCAUCGAUGAGCAAAUCUCAACCCACCCGCCCCGUUGCUCGAGCCUCUUGGACGAUGCGGCCUUGGACUCGCCCACCACACCCCGCUUCGGCCUGCCCUCUCCGCCAACGCCGCCCAACGUCUCGCACUCCAUCCAUUCCUCUCCAUCGACCCACUCGCUCUCGUCAGCUAGUCUGCUCCAGCCGGUCAGCACUUUGCGCUCGGCCGUGGCCUCACAGACUCCUGCCGGCCUGCCCAUGACCCCCUCGCACUCUGCCAGCCACCACCGAGCCGCCAGCCCAAUGCACUCCCCGAGCUCCACCCCAACAAUUGCCGUUCUGCAGCCCACCCAGACUACUUGGGGCACUGGGCUUCCCCAGCCUGUCAAUGCCGUUCAGGCCACGCUCAGUUUGAUGCAGCCCGUCAUCGCCUCCUCGCCAACUCACGCUUCUCGCUGGGGUGGUAUUUCGCCCAGUGCCCAGCAUCCCUCGAGCACCAUCUCGCCGACUACGACCCCGCGUCCGUCGACACUGGAUCCGCCGUCGCUCUCUGUGAUUUUGGCGCCGUCUCCAACAUCCGCUCUCGUCCCGGCUCUGGUCCCCGCUCCCGUUCCCUCGAGAGUACCAACACCUCCCAGUCUCCUGUAUGCGACGCUGUCGCAUACCAACCUUGUCCCCGCUUCUCAAACCAAGACCCCGUCCAACCGCCACCGCUCGUACUCAGCCCAUGCCCGCUCGGUAGACUUGUCGCUCCUCAUAACCCCGCGAGACGAUCCCAAGUUGUCUGUUGCCACAUCCCCAGUGAUGUGUCCCACGGCCCCGCCCAACCUCGCCGGUCUCUCGCCCUCGGUCUUUGAUUCAUGCCCUCUGCCCAAGGACCGAGCCAAUCUCCCCUUCCCGUCGCUGUCGAGAGAGCGGUCCCUCUCGCGCGGCCGCUCGAUUCAGGGCUCGCUUGGCCGGCCCAAGCACAAACGCUCAAAGUCUCAGGCUGCCGGACCCGCUCCCAUCGGCAGUCCGCACAAGGCCGCCGAGUUUGAGCGCCUCAUCCUGGCCAUCGAGAACGACUCGGGCGAAGAGCUCAAGCCCAUCAAGAUGACCUUGACGCCCGAGUAUGCUGCCAAGCUCGAGAGCGGGACCAUGGACUUUCUUCCCUCCCCCACGGAUGACGAGAACAUCCAGCAACCCGGCCGUCUCGAUAUCCAGGCCGUCUCGAUACUCGACGACUCUCGGCUCAACAUCCAGCACCUCUAA